AUGGCCAACAGGACAAUUGAUUCUUUUUUCAAGAAAAGACGUCUAGAACCAAGUGGAAGUGGUGAAAUUCCUUGUCCUCUUCGUGAUUCUUCUCCUAAGCAUCAAACAAAGAAAUUUUGUAGAGCUGAAUCAUUAGAGUUUGAUAUUUCAUCCAUAGAACGUGAUCCUGGAAAGAGAAAAUCCAUUUGGGAAUAUCUAGAGCAUCAAAGGGAUGAGGUACGGAGAGCAUAUAUUAAGUUUGGGCCAUACCAACCUGAGCUUCCGAUUGAAUCAAUGGUUGUUGACAAGAAGGGCCGACGUUUCCUUUUCUCUUGGUAUAAAUUGUUUCCAGAUUGGUUGGAAUUUUCUCCAACAAAGAAUGCUGCCUUUUGUCUUCCUUGCUCACUUUUUUCCAAGCCAACGGACCGUUUUGGAUCAAUGGCCUUCACAACUAGUGGAUUUAGAUCAUGGAAGAAGGUAAAUGAUGGAAAAAAUUGUGCUUUUUUAAAUCACAUUGGAAAAGAUCCUAACUCAUCACACAAAGUGGCAAUGCAAUGCUAUCAUGAUUUGGGAAACUCAUUGCAACAUCUUGACAAAAUUAUUGAGAAGCAAAAUUCUGAGCAGGUUGCAAAAAAUCGGUUGCAACUUCAAGUUUCCAUAGAUGCUGCAAAAUGGUGUGCAUUUCAAGCGGUGGCUUUUAGGGGUCAUGAUGAAAGUUUAGAUUCUAACAAUCGAGUGGCUGCUGUGGUUCUUGAUAAUGCUCCUCGAAAUGCAUCUUAUACUUCUCCUACGAUCCAAAAGGAGAUAUUGUCCAUUUGGUCGAUCAAGAUACAAAAGCAUAUUCGAGAGGAGAUUAGUGAUUCAAAAUUUUCUAUACUUGUUGAUGAGGCUCAAGAUAGAUCAAAAAGAGAGCAAAUGGCUAUUGUUCUUAGAUUUGUGGACAAGCAAGGCUAUAUUCGAGAGAGAUUUUUUGACAUUGUUCAUGUGCACGAAACCAAUUCCUUGACUUUGAAGAAGGAGAUAUGUGAUGUCCUUUCUCGCCAUAAUCUUAGUGUGCAAAACAUUCGUGGCCAAGGAUAUGAUGGAGCUAGUAACAUGCGUGGAGAAUGGAAUGGACUGCAAGCAUUAUUUAUUCAGGAGUGCCCCUAUGCAUAUUAUAUUCACUGUUUUGCUCAUCGACUGCAAUUAACAUUGGUAGCAACAUCUCAAGAGGUAAUUCCUGUGGAACAAUUCUUUACAAACUUAUCUCUUCUUAUAAAUUUAGUUUCAUCUUCUUGCAAACGGGUGGACCAACUUAGAGUUGCUAGAGCUGCUAGAAUUGCUGAAUUGAUUGCUAUUGAUGAACUUGAGACUGGUAGGGGUCAGAAUCAGAUGGGUACCUUAAAACGGCCAGGGACUACAAGAUGGGGGUCUCAUUUUAGUUCUAUCUGUAGCUUAUUCACAGAAUAUGAAGACAUUUGCUCUGUCCUAAUUGAUGUUAUCAAUUAUGGAAAUACAUCAACUCAAAGAAGUGAAGCUGACAGAGUUUAUGAUUUCAUGACAUCCUUUGAUUUUGUUCUUGUUAUGCAUAUGAUGAGGGACAUUUUAGGAUUUGCACAAGUACUUUCUCAAGCUUUACAAUGCAAAUCUCAAGAUAUUUUGAAUGCCCUUAAAUUGGUUUCAGAAACAAAGGAUGGACUUCAAAGUUACAGAGAUAAUGGAUGGAAUGAAUUGUUACCAAUGUAA